AUGCGUAGGGAGCAGAAAGCGAUGGAACGAGGAGGAUCGGGAGUACUGUACUAUAUAGUCAAUAAUGGACCAAGGUCCAUUGUAAACUCCUUACUUGUGGUGGAUCGUUGGCUCCCCAACACCAUAAUCAGAGAGAUUCAAUUCCGCUCGAGAGUUUCCCCUUAUGGGUGCAAUAUUGGGGUCUUCCCCUGGAAUAUCACAAUGAAUAUGUUGCUACUGUUCUGGGGAACCUGGUGGGGAAUACUGUCACGAAUGAAGGAGGUGCAAUCUUCAGCAGCUGCCUCAACUUCCUCUCAGGGUCAGAGUACACAUCAACCCAAUGCUUCCUCUCGCUAUCGCUCGAGCGUCUCCGAACCUUUAAUUCAGAAGAUUUAG